UAGGAAAUUACACCAGGAAAUAUCAAUAAUAAUAAUACAUUUGCAAAACAAUUUUACAAAGGUGUACAAGAGUUGGUUGGUUUUGGGUUUUUGUGAAGGAAACAGUCGGUAAAGAGCCAUCAAAUCUGAACGUAUAAACUACAAUUCCCAGAAUUCCUGUCGCAUUCCGCUGUGACUCCAGGAAGCUCCUCUCCUGUUGCUAACCAAACUGUGUGCCGAGUUACCUUAGGGUCUUUGCUGGAUGAAAAAAAUGCAUAAGGAAAGAGUCACUUAUUUUCUGAAGCAGGUGUUGUAGCAGUGCAAUGGAAUCUCCUCAGGACCCACUCAUGAGGCCAGGCACAGCCAGAGUCUGGGUAACAGAAUUCAGUGGAUCAGCUGCAAUGAACCCAAGUCCGGAUGUAUAUGAAGACAAUGAGCUGCUAGUGGAUGAGUAUUUAUCUCCUGACAAGCUGCAAGCUCUGGCGGGCACUGAUGAUCUGCGACUAGUCAAGGUUCUGGAGAUGUGCGUGGAUACGCGGGAAAACAGCCUAGGAAAUAUCGGUACCUAUUUACCCAAUCUAAUGCAACUGAAGAUGAGCAACAGUUUGAUUGUCUCUGUGAGGGACCUUGGAACCACACUAUCCCACCUGCAGGUAUUGUGGAUGGCUCGAUGUGGGCUGUCAGACUUAGAUGGCAUUCCCUCAUUCUGUUCAUUGAAGGAACUCUACCUGGCCUAUAAUGAUAUUUCGGACAUGAGUCAGGUUAGCAUGCUGGAUCAUUUAGAGAUUCUGGACCUUGAGGGGAAUAAUAUAGAUGACAUCACACAGGUUCAGUACCUGGGACUGUGCGACAAGCUGAGCAUGCUCACAUUGGAGGGCAACCCUAUCUGCUUGAGACCUCACCCAUACACUACAAAGUCCUCAGGGUACAGCUAUAGAGCCGCAGUGAAGGAACUGGUCCCGCACUUGAAGUAUUUGGAUGACAUCCCUGCCGAUCACAGUGCUACACCACACAGCAGUAAACUUAAUGAGGACUGGAUGAUUGUAAAGCAGUCCAUCAAAGAUGGCAAUUUGACAGAAGAUGCUGACAACCGAGACACAGACAAGUCUGUAGCUUCAGGAAGGCCCUCCUCGGGGCAGCAUCCUCGCAUGUCCAGGCCCGGAUCAGCCAGGAGGCCAUGGACAGCACAGAGACCGUCCAGCAUGGGGAUGCCUGGGAGCAACCGGCCUCAGUCAGCUGGAGGAUUACGCCCUGGGUCUGCAGGCUCUGACGAGACCACGCUGGAGGAGGAUGCCAGCGACUUGACACACGGUGUUGGUCGGGUCAUUUGUGGGAAUCCUAUUAAAGCCCUACGUGCAAGGCGGCAAAAACUGAAUCUGGCUUCUCCAUCUCCUCCAAAUCCCUUUGCACACUACAGCCACAAACCAGAACACACCUUCGACAUAGAACUUGAAAAUAGGGGUCGAGAGGACAUUAUUGCUGAACUGAAGGCAUGGAGGAUGGAACAUAACAAGCGGCUGGAUGCGAUUCAGAAGGAGCGUGAGCCCCAGGUGCUGAAGAUCUUCCACAGUGAUGAUGAGGGGGAGCAGGAUCGGUACAGCCUGAGUGACAGUGCUGAGGAAGAUGAGAUCAAGGGAGCCUUGAGUGAUGAUUGGAAUGCCAGGACAUCUCCAGACUCCUCAUUCCAGUCCUCUGGAUACCCCUCUCCUCCUACUGACUGUUUUUCCACAGUGGCCCUAAACCUGUCCCUGUCUCCGAGCCCCCCAGUUUGCCCGUCUCCCCCCUCUCCCCCGGGAGCUUCCACUGGAGUUCGGAGGACCCACAACCUGCGAGCGCGGCGCCUGAAGAUCCCGGACCCAGAGCAGCAGGAGGGAGUACAGGGGCUGGGAAUGGGACAGGGAACAGGGACACCUCCAUUCAGAGCACAGAUUGGAGCACUACACACAGAUGAGAAGUUUGCCCUUCUGGAUCAAGAGAAUUCAACCAUAGAGGUGGUGGGGCCAAAAGUACAACAGGAUCUGAGGGCCAGUCUUCCCAGCAUGGAAUCCACCAGGCCUGUUUCUGGACCAGCUGCUGUAGGACCUCGGAUUCACAAAACUGCAGUUGACAGAAGCCCUCAAAAACCCAUUGACGCCCAUCAGCCAAUUAUCCGCUCUUCUGUAAAAACACCUGAGAGACCCUGGGUACAGCAUAGUAUCCGCCCACUCACAGCAAAGGCUGCGCUACAGAGACUGCCUAACAGACCCGCUGUCAUUCCUGGACGGGGAAACAGUAACUCCAGCUAAGAGCUCACAGAACAACCUGCAGGCAAGAAGAGUAAGGGGGCUUGUAAUGCUGGCUUGUUUUCGACUGUGAUGACACUAAAAAGAAUAAGGAGUCAAGAGCAAGAAAUGUAGGUCCCAGUAUCAUGAGCAAUGGGUAUGCUAUAUUGUGUGCUUUGAUCCAUGUAUUUCUUAACACCUGUAGAGUCUGUGAGGCAAUAUUGACUUUUCAGCAAUUCAGUACGUGUUGCAUACAGAUGCAGUUCCCAUUCAGACCUUUAUUAAAUUGUUAACCAUCAAAAGUAUACUUCUUCCCCUGUGAUUGAUAGACCCACUUUGUAGCUGACAAAAUCAGUCAAAACCAGUAAGUUAUUAAUUCUAUUGCAGUUGUCUCCAAAUCAUCUUGACAGUGUGCAUUGUCAGCGGAUUACGUGCAUAUUGGUUGUAUUUAAACUAGUUGAAGGGUUUUGACUACACAGCGCUUGUUCUAUUUACGAGUAUCAAAAGCCUUUAGUUCAGUAUAGACUCAAGACAGUCCUAUAGACUCAGGUCCUCCCUGCAGAACCUUGCUGGACAUGUGUACUGGUGAAUGGUUUCAUGUCAAUCACAGCUACUGUUAGUGGUUAUUUUUUAUUUUAUUAAUAACUGAAGCAAAUGUUGCAUGUAUUUAAUAAGUCCCACUAUUUUUAACUGAAUACCCCUUGUUUGAAGAGUAUGUCGAUGCUUGACAGGAACAGGAGUUCACUGUUUUUUGUUUGACUAGGUAGCAUUCUACUUAGGAGGGUUUAAUACAACUUGCGUUCUUUGUAUAAAGCGAUUAUUCAAAAGAUAAAAAAAUGGGAUAACAUUAACUCACACAGAUCCCUUCAAUUGUGAUUUGUAUGAGAAAAAAAUAACCUGGACUAUUAAUAGUACUGCUAAACUAUGUCUUUUAAUAGUACUGUAAUGGAUACCCGGGUAUUGAAGUUAAGCCAAGGUUUUUUCUAACGUCAAGCCAACUUUUUUGUGGGUUGUGAUCAUUCCAUUUAUACAGCAUGUAUAUUGUUUAUUGCAGUAUGGUCUUAAACAUGCAGUAUGGUACGUACAUUUUAUUUGUGUUUUAUAAGUCAAUUUUAAUAAAUCUGAGUUUGUAAACUUUAUAUCAGAUAAUUAAAAAUGUUUUGGAUUUUUAACAAAAAAAACACAAAAAGGCUGACUGUACAAUAAAUGUUUUUGUUAAUGCUUUGUUUACA